UUCNGAAUCGUUUGUGUAUGAGAUAUGCAGUGAUGUUGUUGGGGAGGCAUUACAUGGUGAUGUGAUGAAAAGUGUGAAACACAUGGUGGAAUACUUGGUGAGGAAGAGCAGGGUGUUGCUUUAUCAAGGUGAGUAUGAUUUGAGGGAUGGAGUUGUCCAAACAGAGGUUUGGGUUAAGACAAUGAAAUGGGAAGGGAUAGAAGAGUUUCUGAAUGCUGAAAGGAAGAUAUGGAAGGUUAAUGGAGAGCUUGCUGGGUAUGUUCAGUCUUGGAACUCUCUCACCAAUGUUGUCGUUUUGGGAGCUGGCCAUCUUCUUCCCACUGACCAACCUCUUCGUUCUCAAGCCAUGAUUGAAGAUUGGGUUCUCCAAAAGGCUUUGUUUGAAAACUUUCGUAAGGCAAAUGUAUCAAGUAAGUCUAUACUUGUUGAAUAACCAUUGAGAUGAAUCAUUGGUUAAAUUAGACUCGUCACUGUUCCCUAAUUAAGCAAACACUCUUAAAAAAGUUCUAUUUCUUUAAUUGUUAU